CCUUGCUGCAGAUUGCAUUGGAUGUUGUCGUAGUAAGUGAUUGUGUAGUUUUGAGUAAAAGCCCAGAGAAAGGAACAAAAAUGGUCUUCAAACAGCUCCUGUACUUGUCAGCUUUCAUUGUCUUGUGGCAAAUGAUUUAUGCAACAGUUAUUCAAACUUGUAAUGAUACACACGAAGCCUCCAUCUAUGGAAUGAUGCUACAAAAACACAUCUUUAAGAUAAUCACUGGAGUCGCACUCGGCGAUGUGUGUUUAUGGGAGUGUUAUCAAGACGUCAGAUGCCAAAGCUUUAACUAUGUGUUUACCCAACACAAGUGUGAGUUAAACAAUCGCACCAAGGAAGCCAGACCUGAGGAUUUUGUACAAAAUUCUGAGAGAUAUUACCUCAAAAGAGACACGAAGAGAGUCAUCCUCGGCACCAUUCCAGAACUCCCCGCUGAUUCCUGUAAAGAGAUCAAGGCGAGUGAAGGAAGGCAAGUAGAAAGCGGCAAAUAUUGGCUGAAUCGUAUUGAAAAAGCAGUUCUACUUCACUGCGACAUGACGAUCGAAGUUGUUCGUGCAAAGCUGGAUAUCAAGGGGAUGGAAGAACUUGUAGCGGUAAGGAGACACAUCGAUAAAUGUUUGGCCAGUGCUUCCGUUCGGGUGUGUGACGUCAAUGCAGACUGCCACAACACUUACGGCUCCUAUAACUGUUCCUGUAAAGCUGGGUUUAUUGGAAACGGAACAAAAUGUACAAGGCUAGAUGUAAAAAAUUGUGGCGAUGUGUUGAAUUCAGGGGAAAAGAGCAGUGGUAUCUUCUCCAUCAACCCUGAUGGUUCAGGGGCCUUUAAUAACUUCUCAAUGGAGAAAAGAGUUGGUGUCAGAAGACUUCUAGAAUCACAGAUGACUAUUUACAAGUUGAUCUGGGAGCAAGGCACACAGUCCGCGGAGUCGCCACACAAGGGAAGACCUUUGACGCGAAUUAAGACUUAA